UAAAAAACCAUAAUAAACAGUGAGAAAUAAAGAAAGAAGAUGUCCUGUAAUGAGGCAGAAAAAUCCUUGCUUUCAUCUGAAACAUCUGUGCAAAUCCCAGAAGCCUUAAAUCUUGCUCACAAGCUCUCUCCUUGAGGCAAUUUUUCUUGGAGUCAGCAGCCAAUUCUAGGAAUCGGCGUACAUUUGGGGAAUAAACAGCUCUUGUAGUUAGAAACCAAUUCUAGAUGGACGAGCCUGGUCCAUUGGAGCUUCUGAAUCAAUUAGAGGGCAUAUUGGAGUCUGAUCCUCUAAUUGAUGAAAUAGGGUUCAUUCACCCAUCCCAAUUUUCUGCAUUAAAUGAGGAUAUUGGGACUCCUUCAACAUCUGUUGGUUCUGUGCCAAAGUCAAGUUUUGAGACAAUUUUCUGGGCUAGGGAUCAUAAGCUGGGCAUCUCAACUAGGGUUCUCUUUCCGCUUUAUGUUGCGGCUAAAAAUGCAUUUGUGGAUGCAUAUAAAAGUUAUAAAGUGUACCAUAGCAUUUACAACGAGAGAGAUGAUAAAAGUGCUUCAACUUGUCCCUCAUCUUCUCCACUUAGUCUCGAAAGUGAAUUGAUGAAGCACAGCAGGGCACUUUUGCUUCUAAGUAGUGAUUUUGGCUCAGCGUGGAAUUCCAGGAAGCUAGUUUUGUCAAAGAAGCAGUCUUUGUCCAUGUUCAUGAAUGAGCUUAUCUUUUCAGCUGCGGUUCUCUCGCAUUCACCUAAAAGUGAACAAACGUGGAGCCAAAGGAGGUGGGUGAUCAAGAUGAUUGCUGGAAAUUGUUCAAAUCUGCAAGAGAUUAUGGAAAGAGAAUCCGAGUUAGUGAAAAAACUGGCUGAGAGAUCAAAAAUGAACUAUCGUGCAUGGAAUCACCGUUGCUGGUUAGUUUCCUACAUGUCAGCGGAACAGGUGCUGCAGGAGUUUGACAAGUCACGGCACUGGGCUGUGCUCCAUGUUGCUGAUAAUUCUUGCUUUCAUUACCGUGCGCGGUUGAUGCUUCGUCUGUUUGAAGAAUCACAGCAUAACAAGGGUCGAGAUGCUAGCUUUCAUCCAGAACUUCAUGAAUUGUUGAAGGAUGAGUUCAACUGGGUGGAGAAGCUGAUAAAACGUUAUGUGGGGAGAGAGGCAUUGUGGCUUCAUCGCCGUUUCCUCUUGACAUGCUGGAUAAGAUAUUUUGCAUGCGGUGAUGAUGAUAGAUCCUUGUCUUCUAACCAGAGAAACAUUAGGACAGUUGACAUUGACAUACUUAUAGAUAAUGAAUUAGAACUAUUCCGUUCCUGCACAAAUGUAUAUGAUAGUGACUUUGAGGACUAUCAAGCUCAAGCAACCUUUGCUGCAACUUAUAUGAUGUGGCUCAAAAAGCAACUAUCGAUGACUCUGGCAAUUGAUAUUCAAAAGGUGGAAACGAGCAGAUUGAAGUCAGUCCUAACUAAUGUAUACCCAGAAAAGAGCUUCCUUUGGAAUUCUUUGCUUGAAUAAGAGAAGAUGAGGAAAUUAUAGCAUCGUUGUUGUCUCUACUUCAUGGAUUUAGAAUCCUGGUGUUGCUUCAUAUUUGUUUCAACUUGAUGUUAUUUGUACUUUUUCUCUCCAAACCACACCGUGCUCUAGCGAAAUUCGAUUAACAAACAAUCAAUCGAUCAAAUGCAAUUUCAUCCAA